CGCCCGCGGCGAGGAGCAGCCGCCGGCAGCCCGUGCCCGCCUCGCCCAUGGAGGAGCCGCGGGACCCCGCGGAGCGCUGCUCCUGCCGCAACACCGACUGCCUGGAGCGGCCGCUGCGCCGGCUCUUCGAAAGGCUGGCGAGCGGCUUGGCCGCCUGCCCCUGGCCCUUCCUACUGGUGCCGGUGCUGCUGUCGGGGGUCCUGGGCGCCGGCUUUAUUUUCCUGCCGCAGCGGCAGGCGAACGACAUCGAGAGGCAGUUCACCCCGACGUGGGGGCCCGCCAAGGCCGAACGCGACUUCGUGCGGCGACACUUCCCGCACAACGACUCGGAGCGCUUCUCCGCCCCGCGGCUGCCCACCGAGGGCGCCUACGCCGCCCUCAUCGCUGUGGCGACCAACGGGACCUCGGUCCUGGAGCCGGCGGCGUGGGCGGAGGUGCUGCAGCUGAACGCGACCGUGCACGACGCCGAGUACGAGCGGCUCUGCGCCCGCACCGCCGGCCGCUGCGCCAGCCCCAACCCGCUGCUGUCGCGGCAUGCGACACCGCCCGAGCCGGGGAGACUCCGCUUCCCCGUCAACGACAGCGUCUUCCUGGGGACCGCGCUGGGCGGCGUGGAGACGGACGGCGGCCGGGUGCGGAGGGCGCGGGCUCUGAAGCUGAUGUAUUACCUGCGGGAGGACGGCCCCGGGGCGCAGGACAGCCGGCAGUGGCUGGAGAGCUUCCUGCAAAACAUCACUUCCAAAGUGGCGGAGCUGCGCCUCGUCUCCAUUCAGGUGACGUACUUUACCUCGCUGUCCAGACAACAGGAGUUUGAAGGAAAUACCAAGAGUGUGAUCCCACUCUUCUCCGUAACGUAUUUCUUGACAAUAACGUUUGCAGUCGUCUCUUGCCUAAGACUGAGCUGUAUAMGAAACAAUAUCUGGCUUGCAAGCUGUGGAGUGCUUUCUUCUGGCCUAGCUGUAUUAAGCAGCUUUGGAUUGAUGCUSUUCUGUGGAGUGCCCUUUGUGGUCACUGUAGCAAAUGCACCGUUCCUGAUUCUGG